ACCGGCUCCUCCGCCAUUUGCAGGAUCGGGCGCGGAGACAGAGAGAGGGACAGACUCAGGCGGCGGAGGCGGCUCCCGACAUGGAGGACGAUUCGUACCCGCGCACCCUCUACGUAGGUAAUCUCUCUAGAGAUGUGACAGAAGCCCUUAUACUUCAACUUUUUAGUCAGAUUGGUCCAUGCAAAAGUUGUAAAAUGAUUACUGAGCAAACCGCAAGCAGAAGGGUGAACUCUUCUGUUGGAUUUUCUGUUUUGCAGCAUUCAAGCAAUGACCCAUAUUGCUUUGUGGAAUUCUACGAGCAUAGGGAUGCGGCAGCUGCAUUAGCUGCAAUGAAUGGCCGUAAAAUAAUGGGUAAGGAAGUCAAAGUAAACUGGGCAACAACACCAAGUAGCCAGAAGAAAGAUACAACUAAUCAUUUUCAUGUGUUCGUUGGAGACUUAAGCCCUGAGAUAACAACAGAGGAUCUGAAAUCUGCAUUCGCACCCUUUGGUAGAAUAUCGGAUGCUCGUGUUGUAAAAGACUUGGCAACAGGGAAAUCUAAAGGCUAUGGAUUUGUAUCUUUCUACAGUAAACUGGAUGCAGAAAAUGCAAUUGUGCAUAUGAGUGGUCAGUGGCUGGGAGGCCGGCAAAUUCGGACAAACUGGGCAACUCGCAAACCACCAGCUCCGAAGAGUGCACCAGAAAGUAGUUCUAAACAUCUAAAAUUUGAAGAAGUAGUAAAUCAGUCUAGUACUACAAAUUGUACUGUCUACUGUGGAGGUAUUGCAUCAGGCUUGACAGAACAGCUUAUGCGUCAGACUUUCUCACCAUUUGGACAAAUUAUGGAAAUCAGAGUUUUCCCAGAAAAGGGGUACUCAUUUGUUAGGUUUGCAACACAUGAUAGUGCUGCUCAUGCUAUAGUAUCGGUGAAUGGAACCACCAUUGAGGGCCAUAUAGUUAAAUGCUACUGGGGCAAAGAAACUACUGAUUCUACCAACAAGUAUCAGCAGAUGGAAUUUACUCAGCCCUGGGGUCAGUGGGGUCAGUGGUAUGGCAAUACUCAACAAUAUGGUCAGUAUGUGGCCAAUGGUUGGCAGGUGCCUCCUUAUGGCAUGUAUGGCCAAGCAUGGAAUCAGCAAGGAUUUGGAGUAGAUCAGCCUCAAUCUGCACCUGCCUGGGUAGGUGGAUUUAGUGCUCAGCCAGCACAGGGACAGGGUACAGCUGUUAUACCUAACCAGGCUGGCUUUGGGAUGGCCGGUUACCAGACGCAAUGAACAGGAACUUGUUCUGUUUACCUACAAAUGAGGAGCCCAGAGUUUUCUAUUGAUGAAAUAUCAGAAUAUUCGCUGACACCAUGAGUAAAAUAUAGACUAUUUAUUUUAAAGCUGAAUAUUUUAAAAAUUCUAUCACAGCUGAGCUCAUGGUGAAGGAUGUGAAAUGUUUCCCAGUUCUGCUCUUUUUCUUUGUUUUGAGAUGGGGAAGGUUUUGUUUGGGGGGUGGGGUGGGUCUAUCAUAUAAUCUGUUAACUUGUUUUCAAAGAGUGAAGUAAUCGAGAAUGAUGAAUUUAUUUUGAAAAUGAAGUGCUAUUGUGUAUGAAUUCAAAAAAAUAAAUAGUGUUAGUGGGAAAAUGUCAACCAGACUUUUGACAAUCUUUUUUAUUUAAUUGAGCAUUCCACAACGUUAAAUUCACCCUCUGUCAUAAAGGGAGUUUUGAAGCCAGAUUUAAUGUUCAAUACACACAAAAUGAUUGAAUUUCAUAUUGCGAUGGACCAACUGGCUGCUGUUUUCAGGGAAGUUCUAGUUUAUGGCCAUCCUGAAAUGCCAGCGCACCACCAUGGAUUGAGAUGUAUUAAAUUUAACAUUGUACUUCAGCUUUCAUCUUUGUGUUACUACCCAACGGAGAGAACACCAAGUCCAAUGAUAACAACAGUUUCUUUUUUUAAAAAAAGUGUUGCACUACACACACACUAGGAAACUGAGAAGGGAAUAUUGGUUCUACUUGGACUACUGGAGUCCCUUGCACUGUUUUGGCUAUAUUAAAAAUGUGCUCUACCUUCUUGCAUACACAUGGACAUAUGGAUUAUUGAGAAGAUUACAAGUGUAAAUAUCUAUAGAUAGCAUUUAAUACACCAGUAUGAUUAUUAAAGCAUGCUCUAGUGUAAAGUAUCACAAUUCCUACUUUGUGCCAGUAGUUAAUUUUUUAAAAAACUGUUCAAUUGUACAGUACUGAAGUAGUAGGGUACCCAGAAUUUGCAAUGUAUGGCUGUUUCAUGAGUAUGUUAAUAUAUCUUUCCUACUACAUUUACGUUGUAUGUAAAAAUCUACAAAGUAAAUUUCAAACUGAAGCCUUAAAUUUUAUUUCUUCAGGCUGCUUUAGGCAUAGCGUCAUUUCCUAUACUUUUCUGCCUAAUUCUGUUGUAGUUAAUUAAUAUCAUGCAGAUUUAUUAAACCAUAUAAAAUUAAUGCAAGGUUGAGUAGUUACAUAAUUUCUUCAGGUCAUCAGAAAAUGGAGUGCUUUCAAGUCUAAAAUUAAAAUGUAAAAAUACAACAAUCAUGUCAAACCAACUGUUUUAACUUUAACAGUAAUGUGUGCCAUUUGUUAAUUGCAGGUGCAGUGCAGAAAUCUGUACCAUUAAUGAAACUUCAUUUUAAAGAUAUUUUUGAGUGGUUUGCAUGUUGGUGCGUUUCACAUUUGUAAAACAAUGCUCGUUCAUUUGAGAGUGGAAUGGGUGGAUUAUAAAGAUGUUGAAAAGUAAUUGACAAUAGUUAUGUCUGGAUUAUUUCUUCUGUAUCUAAAAUAAAAGUGAUUUUAAAAAAAUAAA